AUGAGCGAAUCGGGGAAGACGGCGCCGCGUGUUUCAACGCUACCUCUUAAUCAUCAUCUUCUUCCCCAUGACAUUCUCUUUGAGAUCCUCUCCAAGCUCCCUGCCAAGUCGCUUGUACGAUUCAGGUGUGUUAAUAAAUUCUUUUACGCUCUCAUAGCUGAUCAUGCCUUUGGCGUUCUACACCGCAGUUUGUCCUUGACACUUCCCAGUAGGGCGGGUAUCCUCUUCGCUAUCAUACCUCGAACACUGCUCUCUGAUGUCUCUUCCGCCCCUCCCUAUUACACCAUAAAUACUUUCAGCGAAGAAAACCUCCAAGCCAACCGUCUCGGCUACUUGGACAGUGAUGAACCCCUUCUGAGAGGUGGUCUACACUCCUCCUCCGACGGCCUAAUUUGUCUGUCCAGACCCAAUGGAGACGUCGUUGUUUGCAAUGUUAGUACCGGACAACGUAUUUCCCUUCCAAGAUUCCAAUUUAACUCCUCCAAUCCAAUUAAAACCUGUGCACUAUUGGGGUUCGAUUCACAAUCUAAAAGAUACAAGGUUUUGAUGAAUGAUCGGAGGAGGAGCAUCUCCGAGUAUAAGCAUUGGGUUUUGACUGUGGGAGUGGAUAAAUCAUGGAGGGAGAUAAACUAUUCUUCCCACCCUUUCUGCCCCUUUGAUGGCUUUGGAUGCGCUGGCUUAUCCCAUACUACUGUCCACAUCGACGGCGUUAUCUAUUCCUAUAAUUGGAUAUCUAGAGAUGUCCCUCCUAGCUUCCACAUAGUAGCAUUUGAAGUUGGGUCCGAGAGUUAUUCUUUGAUACCAAUUCCAGCCGAAGUUCCAUCAGAGUUUUCUACUCUAGAUAAAUUUGGGGAAAAAUAUCACUUCUCUAAUUUUGUUAACAGAAAUUUUGCAUUGCUACAAGUUGAUGGAGGUGGACUGGCAAUCGUUUAUGUUCGCAACAUAGACAUGAAUGUUUGGAUUUUGGAGAAAUCUAAGGGAUGUUGGGAGAAGAUUACUACGAUUAUUCCAUUCAAUUUGAGAGUAGAAAAAUCAACGGAGUACCGCUAUACUACGAAUCAUGCUGGGGAAAUUGUGUUGUUAGGUAAAAAUAGUAAACAAUUUACCAUUUGGGUUUGUAACUCGAAAAGUAAGGUUUGGAGAAAAUUUGAUAUAAGUGGAGUUGAAUUUCCAAUUUGUUUCCCUAUGGAGGUUAGAAUGUACAAGACUAUGGACAAUGUAUUUUCCAUUGAGUAG